CUUCUUCAUCCAGGCAUCUCAUCAGUGUCUCUGACUCACCUAGCUCACCUGCAGCAGGUCAUUCAGCACAUUGCAGGUCAUCCAAUCCAACACACCGAUCAGCAGCAAUGGCGGCAGGUCUGCAGGUGUUCGGACAGCCGGCGUCCACCGACGUCGCGAGGGUGCUGACCUGCCUCUUCGAGAAGAACCUCGAGUUCGAGCUCAUCCGCACCGACACCUUCAAGAAGUCGCACAAGCUCCCGGAGUUCAUCAAGCUCAGGGAUCCUACUGGACAGGUGACUUUCAAGCACGGUGACAAAACAAUCGUUGAUUCCAGGGCGAUUUGCCGGUACCUGUGCACGCAGUUCCCGGACGACGGGUACAAGAAGCUGUACGGGACGGGGUCGCUGGAGCGGGCGUCGAUAGAGCAGUGGCUGCAGGCGGAGGCCCAGAGCUUCGACGCGCCGAGCUCGGAGCUGGUGUUCCAGCUGGCGUUCGCGCCGCACCUCAAGGACGUGCGGGUCGACGAGGCCCGCGUCGCGGAGAACGAGAAGAAGCUGCACAACAUGCUGAGCGUCUACGACGACAUCCUCUCCAAGAACGAGUACCUCGCCGGCGACGACUUCACCCUGGCCGACCUCUCCCACCUCCCCAACUCCCACUACAUCGUCAACUCCUCCGACAAGGGGAAGAAGCUCUUCACCGCCAGGAAGCACGUCGCAAGGUGGUACGACAAGAUCUCCAGCCGCGACUCGUGGAAGCAGGUCAUCAAGAUGCAGAGGGAGCACCCCGGCGCCUUCGAGUGAUCGGCCGCCCGUCGUCGAUCGGCGGCCGGCGUCGUGGUUCAUUAAUUCUCUCUGCAUGCAUGCGCCGCGCGGCGUGUACGUUCCUCGCCGCCGCCGGCCACCGGCUUCGUCGAUCGUCAGGCUUCAUACCGUGAUGUGGUUGUCGAGUUCGUCGUAUCGUAUACGUCCUGUGGGCUAAAAUAACGUGAAGCCUGUCUGCCUGCCUAUACGGUGUCUCGUGUCUUCCUUCCGCUGCAUAUAUACGCAGUGUCUUUUUCUGGGUAUUGUAUUUUUGUGAUGUAUUCAUCAACUCCUUUUGCAAUAUUGGUCAAUUCAAUAAAAAUGUGUGUUCGGGCGUUUUUGCUCGUUCGCACUACAUUUAUUUGGCUUCUCAA